AUGCUUCUCCUCGAUUACCAGAACGUUCUUAUUCAAUCGGUCUUGACCGAACGGUUCUCUGGAGCCCCGCAGACCUCCAUUGACCAGACAGUAUCCGACUUCGACGGCGUUACAUUCCACAUCUCAACUCUUCCCGAGACGAAAACCAAGAUUCUCCUUUCGCUUCAAAUAAGAUGUUUUGCGGAUCUUGUUCAGUACGGUGCUGAACAGGUCUUGCAAAGAGAGUACGGGGACUACAUCUGUCCCGUUGAGGCUGGCUAUGACUUUUCCGUCUUGAUUGACUUGGAGAACCUGCCAGAAGGUAAAGAGGAACGCGAUGCGCUGGCUCUUAAGUUUGCGCUACUAAAACGCAAUGCCAUGGCUGCACCGCUCGAGCAAGCCUACGAAGAACACUACAAGCUUAAGGAGGAGGCCGCAAAGUUCACAUCGGAAGAGGCGCCGCAGGAUAUUCGAAACGGUGGCCAGGUCAAGGCUAUACACUACCGUGAAGAGGAGGCAAUCUAUGUCAAGGCUGCACACGACCAUGUCACCGUCAUCUUCAGCACGGUCUUCCGAGAAGAGACAGACAGGGUAUUCGGCAAGGUCUUUAUUCAGGAGUUCGUGGAUGCGCGAAGACGUGCAAUCCAAAAUGCACCCCAAGUGCUGUUCCGCACCGACCCACCUCUUGAGCUCCAGGGCGUGCCUGGCGUUAAGAGCACUGGUACUGGCGAGAUUGGCUACGUCACCUUCGUCCUCUUCCCUAUGCAUCUUACUCCUCAGCGGAUGGAGCAAGUCAUUUCGCACAUCCAGACAUUCCGCGACUACUUCCACUAUCACAUCAAAGCUUCCAAGGCCUAUAUUCACUCCCGUAUGCGCAAGAGGACCGCGGACUUUCUCCAGGUUCUUCGCCGCGCACGACCCGAGAAUGAGGAGCGCGAGCGCAAGACCGCGACUGGGAGAUCUUUCAAGGUGCAAGGUUAG